AGUGCAGUCACGUGGAGCCCGUAGAGUCCACCUCGGCUCCGUCCAAACAGAACGUGAGCUGUUAGCUGUCCGUGUAUAGGAGCGCCGCUCGGUGCUAAGCUGAUUCAUGUUGUUUUUUUAGCCACCCGUCCGUUUAAACUAGCCUAUUUAAUCGAAGAAUGAGUGAUAACGAUGACAUCGAAGUCGAUAGUGACGAAGAAUCACCGAGAUAUCACUCUGUGGCAGACAAACGGGCACACCACAAUGCGCUGGAGCGCAAGCGUAGGGACCACAUCAAAGACAGCUUUCACAGCCUCCGAGACUCGGUACCCUCCCUGCAGGGAGAAAAGGUUGGUAACACUCAGCCUCAGUCUACCAAACAGGCGUCUCGAGCUCAAAUCCUAGACAAAGCCACAGAGUACAUUCAGUACAUGAGGCGGAAAAACCACACACACCAGCAGGACAUCGACGACCUGAAGAGGCAGAACGCACUGCUUGAGCAACAAGUCCGCGCUCUGGAGAAAGUGAAGGGCUCAGCUCAGCUCCAGGCCAACUAUUCCUCGUCUGACAGCAGCCUGUACACCAACCCCAAAGGCAGCGCCGUGUCGGCUUUCGACGGCGGCUCCGACUCCAGCUCGGAGUCGGAGGCAGAAGAGCCACCCACCAGGAAGAAGGUGCGCGUGGAGGCAAGCUAGAGAGCCGAGCGUCUUAAAACGAAAAAAUAAAAAAAGGAAAAAAAAUAGGUGCGGUCGAGGCAGCAGAGCACAGCGGAGGGCGAGAGGGGAGACGGCCUUCAAAGCUCUCGAGGCUCACCGACCUCUCCUACCUUCAUGCCAACGACCACCUCGGCCUCCCUCGUCAUCCUCUCUCCUCCAUCUCUGGAUGGGCUCGCACUGGAGACUCGUCGCCAUCAAAUCUCCUCACAACAGCCGCCACAAUCGUCUCUCUCCAGCCAGUCUCCACCCACGGGAGAGAGGUUGUAAGCAGGGUGAAAGACAACUGCUUCAAUCCACCUAGAGAGCUUCAGGUUCCCCUCCUCCUCCACCCCUCUUUCUCUGUUGAUUUUUGUUCUCCAUCAUUGGUAUCCUCCCCUUCUUUAGCAACAUCAAUCCAAAUCCUAAAAAGAGGCAGCUUGGCUAUGUAAGGACUCGAGGCUCUUUUGUGUGUGUGUGUACCCUCAGUAAAGCUCCUCCUCCUCCCCCAAGUUAUCUUUUUUUCCUUUGGGAGGAAGGAUGAGCCAGGUGUACUCUUUCAAGCACUGCUAUGUUAUGUAUUUUUUUUGUUUUUGUUGUUUAGAAUUUACACACACACCUAGAUAAAAAAAGAAAAAAGUUUUGGAAAGAUUUACCUUUUUAAAAAUGAAUAAAACAUUUGUAGCUUUCUUUUUUUUUCCAGUAAAGAAUGUGAAGAUGCUCGGAGCAAAUGUUAAAAGUGAUAACCCACCUCAGCCCCACUGGAUUGCAGACGUUUCCUGCAGCACACACUUGUCAACACAAGAUGAUUAAAAAAAGAAAAGAGAGAGAGAAACCUGUUCUGUUGAAAUUGAUGUUUUGAAGGAGAAUAUUCCUGAACUUAUAUCGUAUUUUGUCCUUUAGCUUGAAGUAGUGGAUGACUUUAGGUGGCUGAAUACAUUAGGCAUCUCGUUUUAUAUAUUUCAAAAAAGCAUUAAUUGGAUGUUUUCAAGUUCAAACAGUAUGUUAUGCAUUUCUUUAGUGAUCACACAAGUCAUGAGAUGAUGCUGAUUUUGUCACAUGUAGUUUUCUUCAAGGUUAUGAACUAGGUUUUGAAUCUGAAAAAGUAGCCCCCGUCUCCUGCAGUACAGGGAAGCAAAAGAAGUCCAUGUCAGUGUGUUGUGCUUUACACAGUAAAAAUCAAUGUUGCUGAAUCCCCCCCCCCUCCAAGGAAAAAAAAAAAAGGAAGCAUUUUCGUGUCUAGGAAAUGUGUGUGUAUGUAUAUUGUUUCCAUUUAAUUUCUAUUUAGAAGGAUAUUAUUAGUGUAGUAGGUCUUUGUCCAGUUCCAUUCCAUGGAAAUUACAAGUAUGUUGUACAUACUGCCAACAAUUGUCUUGCAAGUUGAGGCCUACCUUUACUAUGAGACUAUAAAAUAAACUAUUUUAUCCUUUA